UUUUUUCUUCCCCCUCCAGAUCCCUAAGUGGCCCCCUCAAGGAUUGACCUUACAACCCUGGGUUUAGCAGGCCAAUGCUCAAACCACUGAGCUAUCCCUCCCCCAAAACAUCUAAUUUGUUCAGUCUAGUUCAGCUUUUGCUUUAUUUGUUAGUACUAUUGGGACUUUAAUUUUUGCAAACUGGAUCUAUAUAUUAUACUAUCUUCAGUGCAUCCCAUUCCUUUAAACACCCCAUCAGAUUCUUUAAGAAUACUUGGCGCAUCCUGUUCUGUAGACAAACUAUCCAUCCAUUGAUCAUCUGCAUUUGUAGAUGGCUCUUCAACCCAGGUUGAAUACAGCUGUGUUUAGUGCACCAGAUCCGACACGAUGCAGUGGCACUUGGACUGACUUUCACCUUGUGGGCAACUUCUCCUCUUCUGCACAGUUCUUUGUUACUUUUGCAGUCUUGGUAUUCCUUUACUGUAUUGCUGCCCUUGUACUAUAUGUUGGGUACAUGCACCUGUAUCGGAACACUGGCAAAAUCCCAUUGAUUGACUUGGUUAUUACUGUCAUGGCUGCUUUUCUGUGGCUGGUCAGCACUUCAGCCUGGGCUAAGGCACUUACUGAUAUAAAAAUAUCCACUGGUCCCGGCAUUGUUCAGGAAAUUGCAUCUUGCAAAUUACCAGGAGUAGCUUGUUUGUUUGCCUUUGUUACCAGCAUGGGAACUCUGAAUCUGUCUGUGGUUUUUGGAUUACUUAACAUGAUUCUGUGGGGAGGAAAUGCUUGGUUUGUAUACAAGGAGACCAGCUUGCAUAACCCAUCAAACUCCACUCCCCAAAGCUCAGGAAUCUAUCCACCAACAACAGGAAUAUAAUUAGUAAGCUGAUGAGGAUACUUCAUAAAGAGCAUCCAUUUUGCAUCCUACUGCCAACAACUUGGCGUCACUGCAGUUUAUUUUUGUAGUAACUAAUAGUUUAAACAAAUUAAUGCUUUGUACUUAAAGCAUGUCUCUCAGAAAUAUGGAUGUAAAUUUUCAAGCAUCUUACACUGAAAUAUAUUAUGACUCUAAAAUGAGUGCAGUUUCUUCAUUUAAAAAUGUUCAGACCCUCCUAAAUAUCUUGGCAAAUACUCCCUCACACACACACACCUUUUCAGGAAGUGGUUCUAGUUAACAUUUGUGGGAAGAAACUGAUUUGGAUUCUGUAUUGUGACUGAUUUCUCAAUUGAAAAAACUACUUAGCUUAGGAUGUUUGGAAUUCCAAUAUUAAAUUUGUCAUUCAGAGGUUACCUACUAAUAACUUUGCACAGAUAAGCUUUCUAAAAAAAUUUAGUCAUAUCUGGUAGCAUGAUUCUGGCAUCAUUCUGUAAUUUUCUUGUAUAUUGUUGGUGUGUGGGGUUUUUUUGAGGGGAGGAGCGGGAAUCUAGUAUAGACAGUUCAAUGUCUGUCUGCAAGUACAACAUUAGAGACUUGUUGGGUGUUUACAAGUUCACUGUAACUACUGCAUAAUUUGGGACAAUCUCCAAAAACACUUAGUAAAGCUGCAAGUCAAACUUCUGUGGCAUAAUUUAGGAAUAGAAGAGUUAAGAAAUUAGGUUGGGUGGGGGUGUUUUUGUUUAAGUCUGAGCUAUAAAGCAUUGUUGUAAGUUUGAGAGAUACUGUAGACACUAACGCUGACCCCCAUCAGUAAACUUAUUGUUUUUGAUUCAUGGAAAUGAGUCCAAACAGAGCAAUGGGAGGUGCAUAGGACUGUUGUCUACCUAGUGACAGACAUCUCCAGCUGUUGUCUCUUAUUAAUAUGUACAGGUCUUAGUUAACACUUGUUUAAUAGUCAAAUCUUUGUCUAUUUACCAGGAUCAUCUUCCCAUGAGAGAUUUGCGUAGUCAGACACAUCUGACUUACUGUUACCUCAUUUAUUUCUCCAUGUGAAUUGUCCAACAAAGAUGUCAAAUAUUUAAAGUUUGCAGACACCAUGAUAAACAGUUACUGGGGCUAUACACUCUAAACAGCAAAUAUUUCUAUAAGCUUUCUUUCUUUCAAAGCCAGGACAGGUGUAAUGGUACAUACAUCUCUUGAUCUUUGUGUCUUGCCUUAAUUGUCUCUUUCCAUCUGUAAAGACUUUAAAACAAAAAAAGUUUACUGGUGCAAGAACAGUCUCUAA